AUGAAGAAAAUCCGUAGAUAUUUUACUCAAUCAGCGAUCGCUAGUCAUACUUCUAACCAGAACUUUUCGACUGUGUCUUCGCAGACAUUGGGUGGACAUGCGACCACACCUGAUUCACCCAAGUCUCCACCCUCAUACACAAGUCCACCAUUAGCAAAUACUCUCUCGUCACCAUCGUCAGAAUCUUUGUCCAAUCGUUCCUACAUUCGUUUGAACAAGAGUUCGUUAUUAUCAAGUUCAACGUCGAAAACGCCAGCGGCACCAAAGAGUGCAGAUACACACAAACGUAGUUUUUUCCGUUUUCAUUCGACAACAUCAUCAUCCGUUGGAAACAGUUCAACAAAUCUAAGUCCAUCGCAUUCGACAUAUUCGUACACAAGUAUGGGUCAAACAGACAGCAACGUGAAACGGAGUCAAAGCGAUAUACAAACUUUUCUCGAGAAAGAAAAGGAGAAAUUCAUUGAAAGGAUCGAAAAUCCCUUGAGACAAAACGCCGCCUUGGAAGAUUUCGAAUUGAUACGUACGAUUGGAACGGGAUCAUUCGGUCGCGUUCUAUUGGUAACACACCGGCAAAAUGCAGGUGAAAAGAUCGCGAUGAAAAUUCUGGACAAGCAAGUCGUCGUCAAAAUGAAACAGGUGGAUCAUACUCUAGCAGAAAAGAAGAUUCUUCAAGCGUUAUCAUGUCCAUUUAUUGUUAAAUUAAUGUAUACAUUCAAAGAUAAUUCUUAUCUGUAUUUGGGACUUGAAUAUGCACCCGGAGGUGAAAUGUUUACACAUUUACGAGCGUUCGGACGUUAUACAGAAGACAUGACACGAUUCUAUGCCGCACAAAUUGUUCUUGCUUUCGAAUAUCUUCAUCAUUUGGGUGUUAUUUAUCGAGAUCUGAAGCCAGAAAAUCUUCUUUUUGCUGCAGACGGUUAUUUGAAAAUGACGGACUUUGGCUUUGCUAAACGAGUAAAAGAUCGAACAUGGACUCUUUGUGGAACACCAGAAUAUCUUGCACCUGAAAUCAUUCUCAGUCGUGGUUAUAACAAAGGUGUUGAUUAUUGGGCACUAGGCGUUUUGAUGUAUGAAAUGAGCGCUGGUUAUCCGCCGUUCUUUGCCGAUCAGCCAAUACAAAUCUACGAGAAAAUCGUGUCCGGUCGUGUACGGUUUCCAAAUCAUUUUACCGUCGACCUGAAAGAUUUACUAAAAAAUCUACUUCAAGUUGAUCUUACACGGCGUUACGGUAAUUUGAAACCCGGUGUACGAGACAUCAAAGAGCAUCGAUGGUUCAAAGACAUGGAUUUCAUAGCCAUAUAUCAGAAAUCGUUUCCAGCACCAUUUAUUCCUCGAACAGAUCGAGAAAACUACGAAACAUACGAAGAACAACCAUUGACAGUCAGUUCAACCGAACGUUUUCCACGCGAAUUUGCCGAAUUCUAG